CUGGCCCACUCAUUUCUGUUGCUCUGGUGAUGUCACGAGCAUGUGACCCUGCCUCUCCAGUGACAGCUUUUUGAAGGGAGGGAAAAAAAGAGAGAUUUUAAAGCUUCUGCCGUUUUGGGUUUUUGUGAAGGCUUUGCUCACCUCCUGAGCAACCACAGAACCACAGGAGUUCCGAUCAGAAUUUUUGCACCGGGCAGCACGUAAAUGGUUAAUUGUCACAGGUCAGCCUCGGGCUUAAGGAGCGCACCAGUCACUGAGGACGCCUCAAAGGUCAUCAAAACCAUAGAGAAACAAAAUUUAUCUGUGGCGCAGCUGACGGCGGUGGCAAUGGCAUCGAACAGCCUCUUCAGCUCGGUGACAACUUGCCAGCAAAACUUCUUUUGGGAUGCGAGCGCGACUCGGCGCUUCAGCCCCCCGUCCAGCAGCCUGCAGCCGCUCCCGGCCAAAAUGAACGAGGUGAGCAGCAGCAGCGGUAGCAGCAGCAGCAGCAGCGGAGGGAUUAACAGCAUUAGCGGCGGGAAUGUAGGAGGUGGGAACGGUCAGCACGACGCGAGACUGCGGCCGCUUGAGAACCGCUCCAUGGCAGAAAUCAUCGCCGAUCAUCCCGCCGAGCUGGUGCGCACCGACAGCCCCAACUUCCUCUGCUCCGUGCUGCCCUCUCACUGGAGGUGCAACAAAACGCUGCCGGUCGCUUUCAAGGUCGUGGCUCUGGGAGAUGUUCCUGAUGGGACUGUUGUCACUGUGAUGGCUGGGAACGAUGAGAAUUACUCAGCAGAGCUGCGCAAUGCUUCAGGUGUGAUGAAGAACCAGGUGGCUCGCUUCAAUGAUCUACGCUUUGUGGGACGCAGUGGACGAGGAAAGAGCUUCACCCUGACAAUUACAGUGUUCACAAACCCACCACAAGUGGCCACUUACCACAGAGCCAUUAAGGUCACAGUGGACGGACCGCGUGAGCCAAGGAGGCACAGGCCAAAGUUGGACGAUUCACCGAAGGCGGGCCUGUUCUCUGACCGUCUGAGCGAGCUAGAACGCAUCCGACAGAGCACCAUGAGGGUGGCUGUGCCAACACAACCCCCACGAACCUCGCUCAACACCCCCAACUCGUUCUCUCCUCAGGGCCAGAGCCAAAUCUCAGACCCACGGCAGUCACAGUCGUCCCCUCCGUGGUUUAAUGAGCAAGCGUACUCAUCGUACCUGAGCCCCAUGGCGUCCCCCUCGGUGCACUCUACCACCCCUCUGUCCUCCAGCCGUGCCACCGGCCUGCCUUCCAUCAGCGACGUUCCCCGUCGCAUGCCAGGUUCCACAGAUCUGACUCCUUUUCCUGGGCAGUUUGAACGCCAGUUUCCCGGAUUCUCCUCCCUCACUGAGAGCCGAUUCUCCAGCCCGCGGAUGCACUACCCAGCAACGUUUACCUACACGCCUACACCUGUCACCACAGGCAUGUCUCUGGGCAGUGCCCAUUACCACACAUACCUACCCCCACCAUACCCAGGCUCCACUCAGAGUCAGAGUGGACCAUUCCAGAGCAGCAGCACCCCCUAUCUCUACUACGGGGCCUCUUCCGGCUCCUACCAAUUCUCUAUGGUACCUGGGGGGGAUCGCUCACCCUCCAGGAUGCUGCCCACCUGCACUAGUGCUUCCACGGGUGCCUCGUUGGUCAAUGCCAGUCUUCCCGUGCAGGCUGAUGGAGGGAGCGGUGUAGAGGAAGACGGCAGCCACAGCAACUCUCCAACUGUGCUCAAUACAGCAGGGAGGAUGGACGAAGGAGUGUGGCGGCCAUAUUGACAGAAUUUAAAAAAAAAAAAAGACAGGACCAUGUGCCCGUCAGGCAGGUGAACUCCAAACCAGACACAUGGUUUUAAAGCACAAACCCUACCAGGACCCAUGUCCUAUCUUGCUGAGACAUUCUCUUUUGCCUUGUUAAUUUUUAAUCUUCAUCACUUUUGAGGAGUAUUUAUGGAACGAGGAUCUUCAACAGGAAGUAUUUAAAUACAAACGCUCAUGGCAGUUAUUGUUAUUUGUAAACCUGCAAUUCAAUAUCCAUUUCUCUGAAACCAGUAACUUAUAGAGAGAUAAGUAUGGUUAGAAAAAAAAGCUAUGAGUGAUUUGUUAGUUCUUAAAAAGGGAAAAAAAGGUAGACUUGUUAGGUUUGUGUUGGAUUCUAAAGCACUGAGCAGCAGUUGGUUUCAAUUGAAUAUGACAAACCAAAUUUGUUUUUUGUUUUUUUUUAGGAAUAAUUUUCUUCUUUUUAACUUAAGUAAUUUAAAUUAUGCAUAUUUGGUGAACAGAUAUUGAGUUGUAAGUUAUAAAGCCAUAACUUAAGUAAUGUAUUUUGAACUUGAUUCAUAGACGGGAUAUUUUUGUAAUGCAUCUAUGUUCAAGUUAAUACUGAAAUUGAUAUGUAAUUUAAAGAUACAUUUUCUGUGCCUUAAGCCAUUUCUUAAAAUGUUUUUCUUCUGUGUAUACUGAGAUCGGUUUCCUAUCUCUGCAUAUAAUACGUUACGAAAGUUCUAUUCUUAUAUCGCAGAUCGUCUUGCCAGUUCGAAUUAUUGCUUUAGUGCUCAGUACAUAAAGCUCCGAUGCCGUUUCAUAUUUGCCUUCGAACCAAAAAAGGCCACGUUUUCUUGGAAACUCUUUAUUGAUUAUACCAUAACUCUUUCAAUUUGUAUGCAUCCUGCUCAGAUCUAUCCAUCAGUGUUAAACCCAGGUGUAAGCUGAAAACGGUCGCAGUCCAUUUGGACAGAAAUAGGGGCUUUAACAGAAAAACUACCAAAGCCUCUGCACAUCAAGAGGCCUGCUGUGCACCCACCUGAAGACUGGAUCAGUUUACUGGAGCUUAAUGAAAGCCACACACACUAUUUCACGACGUGAAAAUACUCUUUAUCCUCAAUAUGGUAUUGCUCAGAGAAAUGGCAGCUAAAAUCCUCCCCAUGGAACAUCAGUGAUUUUUGAUAUGUCUGAAUUCUGAGUACAAUUUAAGUACGUUUUUAGCUGAUCGAUACUUUUGCUGGAGUUUAAGGUUGCACAAUGUUUUAGAAAUUCAACCUAUCCAAUAACUUUGGUGGCUAUUGAUCCAAGAAUCUCUGAAUCUAUGUCCAUUUUGGUACUAAUUCUGUUCUUAGUAGCAAAAAAACAAGGGAAAUGUAUUUACUGUAAGCUUAAAUAGCACUCGUUGAAAUUUUAAAAUGUGUAAUGUUGUGGUACGACAACCAAGCCUAGCCAUUUUACAUAUUCCAGACUGAAGCUUUUAUUUUUCCUUUCUUUUUUUUCAGCAAUAUGUGGGGUUUGGCUAAUCCUCCAUGCAAAGUUCUGUGCAGUCGUGCCAGCAACAAUUAGACUCAUCUUUUCAUUUGCUUUACUAUCCAGUGCCUUAUAUUAUACACUGCACAAAAACAGAGAAAUAGUGUAGAGAAAUGGGUACCCUGUGUCAGAUUCAGAUGUAUGCAUUUAUGAGUCUGGUAAUGCUAUUAAGCAUGUUUCUAAUGUUCACUUUUUCUCAGCGAGAUAAGCAAAGCACUUAGUCAUUUAUGCAGUUCGAUCGCAUCAGUGUGCCACUCAACUUAAAGGGUUUAAACCGUACCUGGGAUUUAAGUUUGUGUUUAGAGUUUACAGCUAGAUUUUUGUCCGAGCGAAAAAUUGAGACAUUUGACACCAUUUGUCAUGUUCAGUUCUGUCAAAUUAAUGUCAUUGUAUGGAACUGAGUAUCUGUGAGAGGGAGCAGAAAUGAAAAUUUGUUUACAAAAUGUUUACAAUAUUGUGAGUGUAGAUAGUUAUUGUAUGAGGAAAAUAUACCCCACUGCAUUUGUGCUUAUUAUUCAUUUUCCUUUUUUUUUUUUUUUUUUUUUUUUUUAAUGUAAAAUAUUUAACCUCCCUGGUUAAGCUACCAGAAGGGCCAGGAAUGUUGGGUGGGUGGAUGUUUUAUGAGCUAAUUUCUCUUCGGAGCUUGCAUGCUUUGCUUCACUUGCACAAAUGUGUUUUAUUUAUCAUGUUUCUGGCCUUAAUGUUAUGGGUCUUCCUUUGUUGUUAAACAAUGGUUCUGACUAUCAUGACAACAAUGAGCUAAAUUGGCAUUUAUUAAAUAAUGUAUAUUGUACUUGUUUUCUUUUAUAAGGAAAAUAAAAAUGAUUGCAACAACUCUCUCCUUCUCCUGCAGCUUGCCACAGUGCCAGCGUUGAUGCUGUUUUACAUUGAGCCCUUUGCCACUUCUGUGUGCUUUUUUUCUUUUUUACGUUUUCCAGAGUGUACACACCCUUGACCUGAGGGAAGAUUAAUGGACUGCAUCCAUGCAUCCAAAAUCAAAUCACUAAAAGUUUCAUUACCUUGUCCAUGAACCCUUCGGGAGGCUGGCGUUGGAUCAGAGUGUAGGUCCCGGAUAGUGCCUCAGCACCACUGUACUACAUACUUCCUUGCAGUGCUCCAUGGAUCAACAUUUGCUUUGGAGCGUCUGAACUGGCACUGUGCUGCUGGCUACAGCCUCGCCUUUGUCUCUUCGAAAACCAGGCCUCAGUCAAACCAGGCCUGAGAGACCGGGACUGUUCGACAUUAUUUCAAGACAUAACAGCUGUAAUCAGACUAUGCUCCGUCUUCAAAACUGAGAUCAUUUUAAGGUGAACUGGGAGCUUUCCAGGGAUUUCCCUGAAUAUGAAAUGAGAAAGAAAAGUGGAGAAGGUUUCAGGUUCGCAUUCCCCUCAUUCCCAUAAACAUCUAGCAAUUAGGAUAAUGACCUGUAGAGAAGAAACAAAAGACGGCUAUAUGAUCUUUUCUUAAUGUGUUUGGGGGGUUGAAGGGAAAAAUCUUGGAAAAGAGUCAGUGCAGUAUUUGAGCUGGCACUACAUCGUAUAGCGUCUGAUAGAAAAAUCUAUGAGGGUUUUAUUUUUGCUUGGACAUCAGUCUUCGCAUCUCUGCACACACAAGAGAAGCGAGAGAGGCCAUACCCAAACCAGUCAACACCUCAGUGUUACACUGCCCAAGAUAAACUUGAUUCUGGCAAAGUCUCAGCCACAGAUGGCCUGUAUUAAAGUCCAUUUGAAAGGGCCUCUAGCAUCCACUUAGCACUACAUGCUGCUUUCUGCUACGCAAUAUAUGCUCUGGGCUAUUACAUAACAUGCUGUGGCACUUUGCACAUGAAAUAGCACUGUGUUCGCUGAAAAAUUGCUUUACAUUAGCUUUUGCAUAUAACAUCGCUCAACUCAUUUCCUAAGCCAACUCUGAUGGGGUCAUGCCACUGUAACACUCUUGUGCUGAAUGUGUUGUCUGAGAAGUAGCACGCUGACAAAUCUGAAACUUUCUCAUUUCUGUGAGCUGUUACUGUCAGCGGCGACCUGGGUUAUGUUUGCUAGAGUGAAAAUGUUU